AUGAGUCGCACCUUGCCUGCGCGGCAAGCCGAAGAACUACACAAGUCCAUAAUAGCCUACCUCUCGGCCAACGGCCUACAAAGCAGCGCAGCGGCCCUCCGCGAGGAGCUGUCGCUCGGCGAGGAUAUAUACGAUGCGGCCACGGCCAAAAAGUACGAGUCACUGCUGGAGAAGAAGUGGACGAGCAUCGUGCGGUUACAAAAAAGGAUUAUGGAGCUCGAGACGAGAAACGCACAACUACAGACCGAACUCGACAAUGCUACGCCGACAUCCAUUUCAAAACGAAAUACCGAUCCCGCAUCCUGGUUGCCACGAGCCCCAGCACGACAUAGCAUGGAGGGUCACCGUGACCCCGUCAAUUGCGUGGCUUUCCACCCCAAAUUCACAUCGCUCGCGUCGGGAUCAGACGACUGCACAAUUAAGAUCUGGGACUGGGAGCUUGGUGAAGCUGAGCAAACCAUCAAAGGCCACACCAGAGCGGUACUAGACCUCGACUAUGGUGGCCCGAAGACAGCUACCUUGCUGGCCUCUUGCAGUUCCGACUUGACGAUUAAACUUUGGGACCCUGCAGACGGCUAUAAAAAUAUUCGAACACUAUCCGGCCACGAUCAUAGUGUCAGUGCAGUACGGUUUAUACUAUCUGGAUCAGCUGGCGUGUUUUCUUCUGGGAACAUGCUUGUGAGCGCCAGCGGUGACAAAACACUGAAGAUUUGGGACACAACGACAGGUUACUGCGUCAAAACGUUAUCAGGACACGCUGAUUGGGUCAGAGACGUCUGUCCCUCGCCGGAUGGCAACUACCUGAUAUCUACAAGUGCAGAUCAUAUGGGAAGAUUAUGGGACCUCACGCUUCCAAACCCAGAAACGAAAGCCACCCUCAUUGGCCACGAACACGUUGUGCAAUGCUGCGCUUUCGCGCCACCAUCUGCCUAUCAGCACUUGGCCUCGAUAGCCGGGCUCAAGAAGCCCCCGCCGCUGAGCAGCCCCGCCGAGUUUGUCGCGACGGGCUCCCGUGAUAAGACCAUCCGGCUGUGGGAUUCACGGGGGACGUGUCUGAAAGUGCUCAUCGGGCACGACAACUGGAUCAAUGCACUCGUAUUCCACCCAAGCGGCAAAUAUCUACUGUCGGCAGCCGACGACAAGUCAAUACGCUGCUGGGACCUCGCGCAAGAAGCCAAGUGCGUCAAAACGCUGUCAGACGCGCACGGGCACUUUGUCAAAUGCCUGCGGUGGGCGCCCGGCAUCGUCAAGGAUGCACCUGCUACGAAUGGAGGCUCAGCCGGGCAUGGCGACGGUGCGGACGGCGGCGCUGUGAAGAAGCUCGAGGGAGACAAUGCGCAGAUUCGCUGCGUUAUUGCGACUGGUGGCGUCGAUCAGAUUGUCAGGAUCUGGGCCAACUAG